CCUCGUCUGCAGCAUAUUUCUCAACAAGUGGGCGGAAGACACGAUCAGAGAGGAGAGCCUUGUCGGUAAUAAGAUAAAGAAGGUCAACUGCCCUCUUUUAUCUUUUAAAGGCUAACUGCCUUUUGUUUCAUUAAAAUAAAGUGGGGGAAUGUCGAGAAGGACUGACGAAGGAAUCUUGAAACUCUGUCCGCUUAUGUGUUAAUCUCAAAUCAAAGGAUUCUUUGAUUAAAACUCCUUUUUGCUACUACUGACUAUCCUAUAACAAUGUCUUUUGAUAUCUCCUCUGAUGUUACUACUGUCACUACUCCUACUACUGAGAUUUCUGCACCAAAGGUGGUUUUGGGAACCACGGUAAAGUUAAAUGGCACAAACUAUCUUCUUUGGGCACAUGCCUUUCGUAUUUUCAUUGGUGCUCAGAACAAAUUAAAUCAUCUUCUGGCAUCUCCGCCCCUCACUACAGAUCCUACCUACAGUUCAUGGCUAUCGUCUGAUUAUUGUGUUAUGACUUGGCUUCUAAACAGUAUGGAAGCACAGAUCAGUAGCAGUGUUAUGUUCUUAACCACUGCGAAGGAGAUGUGGGACAGCCUGAAGAUUAUGUACGGGAAUGAGAAGAAUGUUUCCCGUGUAUUUGAGAUCUAUGAGCGACUGUUUGCACUGAAACAGGGAGAUAGAUCAGUUCCUGAGUUCUUUGGUGAGUUGAAGGGACUGAUAGACGAACUGGAGAUGCAUCAGCCUGCAGUAGCUGAUGCAGCGACGCUGUUGGGAUAUCGCCGUGACCUGGCGGUGUCCAAGUUUCUUUCUGGAUUGCACCCUACCUUACAGUCCCAGGUGAGGGGACAGAUAUUGGGUGGAGAUACCGUUCCUUCACUAACUGCUACAUUCUCCAGAGUUAUGCAGGUCUCUACUGGUGUUACUUCUACCACUGCACCGUCUCCACCUUCAGUUCAUCAGUCUGCCAUGUUCUCUAGUCGAGGCAGAGGCCGCGGUCGUGGUCGUGGUCGUGGUCGUGAUUCAGGGGGAGGACGUGGUUCCUUUAGUGGGAGACAUGAUGAUUCUGAUAGGGGCUCACGUCAGUGUAGUCACUGUGGGAGGACCAAUCAUGUUUCUGAGAAGUGCUGGGAAAAGUUUGGUCGUCCUCAGUGGGCUCAGGUCGCUGACGCCGAGUCGACUCGCUCGUCUAUUUCUGCUACUACUUCUGGUGGUCCAGCUGCUACUGCUACCACUGUUCAGAUUUCUCAGGCAGAUUAUGAGCGAUUACGCCAGCUAGAGCUCUCUCAGAACAGUCAUUCUGCUACUCAUGCAUCCUCUUCAGGACCUAGCAACUGGGAUGACGAUUGGUUUAGGCGUUUGGGUCAUCAUUCACUACAAAAACUUAGAUCGGUAGUUUCUGUUCAACCAUCUAUUUCCUCUUUAGGUUGUGAGUCGUGUGAACUAGGUAAGCACCAUCGUGCUACUUUUCAGAGUCGAGUCGAUAAAUGCAGUAGCUUUGCUUUUGAGUUGGUUCAUUCUGAUGUCUGGGGUCCUUAUCGUGUUCCCUCUGUGCAAGGUUAUCGAUAUUUCAUUAUAUUUGUUGAUGAUUUCUCUCGCAUGACGUGGCUUUAUUUGUUAAAAGAGAGAUCAGAGGUCUCGCGCGUUAUUGAAUACUUUUAUAAUGAAAUAAAAACUCAGUUCUCUACUUCUAUUUGUAUUCUUCGUACUGAUAAUGAUUUGGAAUAUAUGAAAAGUGAUGUUUCAAAAUUUUGUGCUCUUAAUGGCAUUAUUCAUCAGACUUCUUGCUCUCACACUUCACAACAAAAUGGAGUUGCUGAGAGGAAGCAUAGGCAUAUUCUAGAUGUUGCUAGAACACUGAUGAUACAUAUGAAUAUUCCAAAGUAUUUGUGGUCUGAUGCUGUUCUCACUGCAAAUUAUUUGAUUAAUCGCAUGCCUUCCUCUGUCCUUGAUGGUUUAAUACCAUUCAAUUGUCUUUAUCCCGAUAAAAAACAAUUCUCUGUGAUUCCCCGUGACUUUGGUUCUACGUGUUUUGUUCAGGAUUUAACUUCUGAUCACUCUGUCUUUCUUCGACGUACAACAACUGGCUUGGUUAUUUUAGCAGUAUAUGUUGAUGAUAUUCUACUGACUGGGAGUGAUUCUGUUGCCUUAGCAGAAACUAAGGAGUAUCUAAACCGUCAUUUUAUCACCAAGGACAUGGGAAAGCCCAAGUAUUUUCUUGGGAUUGAAGUUGCAUAUCAAAAGCAUGGCCUGUUGUUAUCCCAAAGGAAGUAUGUGCUAGAUUUAUUAGAAGAAACAGAUCUCUUGGGAUGCAAACCUGCAAGCACUCCAAUGGAGGCAAAUGUUGAUUUGUGGCGUGAUGAAAACUAA